UACCUGCUCGUAGAUGGGAAACUGUGACAUUUUCACCUUUUUUCAUAUUGCGCACACAACGGAUUAUUCUAAAGCAGUUUCGUUGAUCGUACUAUACACAUACAUUGCCGAUGUGCUGUAACGAUGAAUCAGCCGACGACUUAUGGUUUGAUCGCUUUUCAGUUUUUAUUCUACCGAUUAACCAUUGCUGCACCUAACACCACUGUCGUUGCGAUUAACACCACUGUCGCAGCACCUAACACCACAAUCGAUGUUCCCAGAGUUCAAUAUUAUUUUUUUGAUAACAAUUAUCACUUGAUGGAUGAAAAUAACAUAACAAUUUCAGGCAACAAAACAUUGAUUGUACUAGUGCACGGAUUUAGAUCAAGUCCGUGGACUGGUGUUGUAGCGGAUUUGGGAAAAUCGCUGGUACAGUGGACGAACUCCAAUGUGGUUCUAGUCAAUUGGUCAAAGUGGACCCAGAAAAUGGAUUACACGGAUGUGGUAGUUCGAUUACCCACAGUUGCUACUCAUCUCGUCGACUGGUUGAACGGUUUGCAUGACCGCGGUAUCAUACAGAGCUUUGACGAUGUCACAAUGAUCGGCCAUAGUUUGGGAGCUCAUUUGAUUGGUUAUGCCGGCCACAGGUUGAACGGGACAAUCAAGAGAAUUAUAGCUCUUGAUCCAGCACAGCCUAAUUUCAAAGACAGCCAGAAAAACGAAAGAGUCGACGUUGACAGCGGUCAGUUCGUAAUGGUUUUGCAUACGUCGACCAUGUUCUUAGGACUGAGAGAGCCGGUGGGUCAUGUAGAUUUUUACUUCAAUGGUGGACAGAUGCAGCCGUCGUGUAACUCCGAUACAGUUUGUGGUCAUGUAAUAGUCCUUAACUAUUUGGCUGAUUCAUUAAAAAAUUCAAGUGAAUUUAAAGCAUACCGGUGUCAUACGUUGAGCGAUUGCGAAAAAAAAAUCGUUGAUAACAAAGAACCAAGUAUUGACAUGAACAUAAACACACCAAAUUCAACCAGAGGAUUGUAUUCUGUAUUGCCAAGCAAAAAGAAUUUAAAAAUAUACUCACGUUUCUUUUUAAAGUGAAGUUUGAAGAUUUUAAGACACUUAUUUUAUUUGGAGGAAACAUUCAUGUAUUCACGCAAAGUACAAUCUUUAAUAGUAUUUUAAUUUUUACAUUAAUUACCGUAAAUACAUAUAGUGUACCUAGGUAUUUGAUGUUUUAUUUAUUCAGGAUUAAUAUUUAUAUUGUAUUAUAAAUACUAUAUUAUGUAACACAAACAAAUUGGAAUAAAAUAUUGUAAAAUA